AUGACGACAUAAGAUAAUAGACAAAAAUUUUGCAAAAAAAACAACACACGGGAAAUAUCAAAAUUUUAAAGAAAUUUAAUUCAAGAAGGAAAAUUAUAUUGCUGCUUUUGUUAACAUAAAAUUUUGACUAAACAACGCAUAGUCAUCAAAAAUACAAUAAUCUUCAACUGAAUUCUCUACAUAUAAGUGGGAGCAUCACAUUUCUGAAACUUCGCUUGUAUUUAAACAGUCAAUUUUUCGAGGAAGUCAGCUGAAAGCAAAAACGAUGGUGAAACUCUUUGCACUGAGUAUUUUUUACAAAGGUUCUGCGGAAGCUCGUCUAUUAAAAUCUACUUACGAUUUACAGUCAUUUUCAUUUUUUCAACGGGGCACAGUUCAAGAGUUCAUGACUUUUGCAUCAAAAACCAUUGUGGAGCGUACACAACCCACCAUGCGUCAGUCAGUAAAGCAAGAGGCCUAUAUGUGUCAUGUGUACGUACGUGCCGACAAUUUAGCUGGCGUAUUGAUUGCUGAUCAUGAGUAUCCGCAGCGCGUUGCUCAUACGCUCAUAACAAAAAUCUUAGAUGAGUUUAGUGCGAAAAUUAGUGCGGACCGUUGGGAAACGGGGUCGGAUGGAACUAUUGAUUUUAAUACUUUGCCUGCAUAUUUAGCCAAAUAUCAGGACCCAAAAGAGGCAGAUGCGUUGACUAAAAUGCAAAACGAUUUAGAUGAAACUAAGAUUAUACUAAAGAAUACAAUUGAAGCAGUGCUUGAGCGUGGCGAAAAGCUAGAUGACAUGGUAAUUAAAUCAGAAAACCUUUCAAUGCAAAGUAAAGCAUUUUACAAGACAGCCAAAAAGACAAAUUCAUGUUGCAAUUUUAGUUAAGUGAUUUAGAUAAGCUGAAAUACAUACAAAUAUCAAUUUUCGCGGGUGAAAAAAUUAUUAUUUUUUAUUAAUAUUUGAAAACGUAUGUAUGCUCGAUUAUUUUUAUUUAAACUGUAAUUGCUUCGAGCGCUGCUUUUUUGUUGAAACCAAAUGGAGAAAUUAGUUGAAGAGAGACACAAAGUAAAGCGAAAUUAUGUGAGCAAAGAGCGUACAAGUAAAAGCAAUUCACAAAUUCAUCCCAUUCCAAAUUAUUGAGUUUGAUUUUAUAAAUUUAUUGUUUUGUUCUGAAAAAUGCGAAGAAAGAAGUUGGAGAAAUGCAAACACUCUUUUAGCGAGUGACACUGAAAAUGUUGAAUAUAUUGUCCAAAUACUAUUUGUUUAUAUAUGUACAUAUGUAUUUAUAUUGCAUGUUUCUUUAUAAGACAAUUGAUGAGAUUUUAGGUAACAACAUAUAUCUAUACAAAAAAUUAAACAAAUAUUGGUAUGUAUAUACUUUUGGUUAAAUAAAAUAGGCGAAGGCAAGUUGAACCACCUGCACUGCAAA